AUGGAUGAGGAAGCCAUUUAUGCGCUCUCUGCAAGGAUUCCAGAAUGCAAAGUUAUUGCAUUACUUUCUGGGAGAGUCUUUGUGGGUUCAGAGCUGAGUCGAAAUGAAGAGUAUCAGAAAUGCACCGUUGGCUACACCUUAGAUUCCUUCAACGCUGCCAACAAAAUCCGUGCCUGGCAUCCUAUAUUGAGGCCGUUCAUCUACAGGUUUGUCCCCGAGUACCGUGCUGUCCAGCGCGAACUCGCAACUCUCACCAGACUAGUCACACCCUUGGUUGAUGAGAGAUUAAGAGGCAAGCAAAAUGGCAUCCUCAACAUGAUGGAUUGGAAUAUGAAUAAUUCUCCAUCCUCGAAGCGCCAUGAUGUGAAAUAUCAAGCUAUGCAACAGCUUCAAGUUAGCUUUCUCGCAAUUCACACUACCGCCAAACUCCUGACAAACGUAUGCUUUGACCUUGCGGCCCAUCCCGAAUACCUGCAGCUUCUACGAGACGAGUUGGAAGAGGUUUUAAAUACGACCGGGGGACAAUUGUCCAAAGCUGCUUUACUCAAAUUGAAAAAGAUGGAUAGCAUCAUGUCUGAGACGCAGAGACAUAAUCCACCGGGAAUCAUGACUUUCAAUCGAAAAGCAAUAUCUUCGCUAGAGCUUUCCAAUGGCUUGCAUAUUCCUGCCGGGACGUACCUGGCGGCGGCAUCAAGUCAGAUUGCCAUGGAUUCUGAACUUUGGGAAACUCCGGAAAGAUACGACGGGCUUCGGCUUUAUCGGAUGAGACAAGAGCCGGGAUGCGAGAAUAAGUAUCAGAUUGUGCUUGCGCAUUUGAUCAGAUCAUUUGAUUUUGCGCUUCCGGACGGCAAAGGACGACCCAAGCCGAUCACCUACGAUGUGGCCUUCAAGCCUGAUCCAGACCAGGAAGUUUUCUUUAAGCGAAGGAGUUAA